AUGAAUUCCUCCCCAUUCGGCUCAAGCAUGCGGUUUGUUGUUUUCUGUAUCUUGCUUGGCAUUGAUGAAUUCCAGGCUUGGCCUCUUGGUGCCCAUUUUGGGGAUUUGUCGAAACACACCCAAGCCUUUGAGGCUUCGUCUCUCGGUUUGCCCUUUCAGUGUUUGGAUGGAUCUGUCACUCUCCUUUCAAGUGAUGUGAAUGACAAUUUCUGCGACUGCCCUGAUGGAUCUGACGAACCAAGCACUGCCGCCUGUGCUGGGCUGAGCAACCUUGGGUUCUACUGUAGAAAUCUUGGAUCUGCACCCAAGUGGCUCUACGCAUCGCGCGUCAAUGAUGGCGUUUGUGAUUGCUGCGACGGAAGCGACGAGCCACCAUCAGGAUGUCCAAGUUCCUGUGACAAAGAGGGCCCAGCAGUGCUGGCCAGGUUGAAAGCAAGGCAACAAGAGGUGCGCCAGGGCCAGCUGCUUCGCAGGCAAUACGAAGAUGAGGGCUUCCAGCAAGUAGUGCACUGGACUGAAGAGAAGGAACGGCUUGCAGCAGAUGUUGCUGACCUAAUGACCGUGCAAGUUGGCGACGCGCAGUCUUCACCUGACAGAGCCUUUGUAGGGUGUAGUUCCACUUCCACUGCUCCAUUCUAUACAAAUGGACAUGACAAAGAGCAGAGGAAGGAUGUCUCGGAAUAUACUCGCUGGGCACUGCCGGUCUCAGAAACUGGGCCCCAUCGAAGCUCCCAAAGCGUUGAGUGCUGGGUGGGCGAAUUUAUCAACGCAGAGAGCUUUUGUUGUGAUGCUUCUCAAGGACCUCAGGGGCGACAAGAAUGUUGGGAUGAAGUUUAUACCUUUCAGUCCUGCUGCAAGACCUGGCAACGCCAAGUCUUGCCGACGUUUGAAAGACAGAGUUGGUCGACGUCGGAGUCAGUCUCACCUGAGAGACGUUUUGAGCCGAAGUCGUCGAAGUCAGUCUCCAGAGAGAUGCGACAAACGAAAGGUCGACUUUUCAGCUUGGAGAGCAAACUAAGGGCAGUGGAAAGGAGUCAUCGAUGGUUCUACUUGGCUGACACAUGUUUGACACGCCAAACGCACCGUCGGCACACUGAACUCAGUAUUCCUGGUGCUUCUUCGGAGCGAGUGGACUUUAAGCUGUGUCUCUUCGGUGAUGUGCGCUUUGGAUCCGUGAACUAUGGAAGUUUUGACGGCUGGGACGGAGAGCAUGGCCUGCGCUACAGUCGGGGUCAGCAUUGUCCAGGUGGGCCGGCAAGGUCACUGAAAAUUUGCCUUCUGUGUGGAGCAGAGACAGAGCUGCUGGAUAUUGCGGAAGUGUCGCUUUGCGCGUAUGAAGCAGCUGUCAAGACACCUGGAGCUUGCGAGCUCUCGAAUCUGGAGGAGCUUGCAGAUGACCUGGAGAAAGUCAUUGACCGUCCUUUGAUGCCUUUGGACUCGUCGUGA